AUGCUUGAGGACACCGUGCUGUUCAACGACACGAUCGGGUAUAACAUCGCGUACGGCGACCUGUGCGCCGGGACGGAGGAGGUGGAGGAGGCCGCGAGAAAGGCGCAGCUCGACUCUUCCAUCGCCAGCAUGCCGCAGCGCGUGGCAAUCGCGCGCGCCAUGCUCAAGAACGCCCCCAUCCUCCUCUGUGAUGAGCCUACCUCGUCUCUCGACACCAAGACGGAGACGGAAAUCAUGGGCCACCUCAAGACUCUGGGCCGCAACCGCACGAGCAUCAUCAUCGCGCACCGGCUUUCGACCGUGAAGGACGCGGACAAGAUCAUCGUGCUGGACCACGGGAAGGUGGUGGAGGAGGGGAACCACGCCGAGGCGCAGCGCGCUUGGGCUGCGGAGGAGUCGACCGUUGAAGACCAAGAUGGUAGCAGCGGUAGUAUUGACAACGAAAGCGGCGGGGGCGAUAGGUCAAGCCCGCCAUAGAGUAUUGUUUUUGGCCCACACAGGCAGUGUUGCAUUUUUUUUUUUUGUGCGGGAUGAAUAGCACUCGUGACGGCGCGGCAGCAGCAGCAGCAGCAGCAGCAGCAGCAGCAGCGUACCUUAUUUGUUUUGGUCUUGUGGGGAGGAAGACGACUAGGGUUAGGUUUAGGGUUAGUAGUUUUGCUCAUGCGAUACCGUUGUGUUCCGUCGGGGAGGGGGGGGCGGGCACGCGAGCCCCCCAGCGCGGAUAUCGGUAAGAGCUACAGGGUUUGGAAACGGGCGUACGAUGCAACUGCGCCUUUCCUGUAGAAUCGAGCGCCAUCGCAGCCGAUGUUGAUCGUUUGUCGUCGAGCUGGGCCGUGGCGGCUGCAAGUCGGGGGGCUCGUGGGCUGAAGCAAACCUCCCCGAUGCCCAUAUUGUGUUUAUGAUGCGGGAGUGGUUGGUAUCCCUUGUAGUGUCCCGACCUUUUCUGGUAGCCACUCGCACGAGCGAUUCCGCUGCUCGUGCAGGACAUUUGUUGUUGUUGUUUCUCACAUUAGCUCUGGACAUGUGGCUAAGCGUUUACCUAGGUUUCUAUGCAUAUCACGGCGUUUCACGUUGACCUAACGCCUACAUGCUAAAUAGUACUGGCAGGUUGUUCGGUGUUUUUAUUUCAGUUUGGGGACGCAGUACGGAAACAGAAGAAAGGAAGAGAAAAACACGCCGUAUUCAUCAGCAUCGUUAUAUUCCC